CAAUGCUCUACCCAAAACGUCUGCCACAAUAGAGCUUGAUUAUAAGCUAAGAGUGUUCUCCAGAGAACUUCAUCAGGGCAAAGGCCAUGGCUUCUCUCAGCGCCACAAGCUUCCUGAACCCAAGAGGAAACCCCUCAUAUGCCCAUGCCCCAAUCCCUAAACCCCACCAAUUCCAUCAAUCUCCAUUUGGAAUAAAAAAAACUGGCUCUUUGAUCAGGGUUUUCGUCUCUUCCAGUCCCUUCGAGGCCCUGCAAGCCCCGAAUUCUUCUGGAUCCACGCCUCCCGGCCUGUACUCUGCUAAGGUUUACGAGCUGACAGUGGAGAACGUGAACUUGGUGCUUGAGGAUGUGCGGCCUUAUCUUAUCGCUGACGGUGGCAACGUUGAUGUUGUCUCGGUUGAAGAUGGAGUCGUCUCUCUCCAGCUUCAAGGGGCUUGUGGGAGCUGCCCAAGCUCAACAACCACAAUGAAGAUGGGCAUUGAGAAAGUGCUGAAGGAAAAAUUUGGUGAUGCAGUGAAGGAUAUACAUCAAGUUUCUGAUGACUUAAAUACUGAGACUACAGUAGAGGCUGUGAAUGACCAUUUGGACAUACUGAGACCGGCAAUCAAGAAUUAUGGGGGAAGUGUGCAAGUUAUCCGUGUGGAAGAUGGUGAUUGCUUUGUCAAUUACAUUGGGCCUGACUCCAUUGGAAGUGGCAUUAAAGCUGCUAUUAAGGAAAAGUUUCCAGAUAUCACCGAUGUUCUCUUUACCAGCUAAAAGUUUAACAAAAACAAUGUUACAAUUAAGUGGAUAGUUAUGUGUUUAUCAUUAUUUACCGAAUUUAUUAAUUGUUAUAUAUAGAUAUAUGUUUUUGUGUUG